AUGAGAUCCCAAUUCAAAGACGAACACCCUUUCGAAAAGCGUAAGGCCGAAGCGGCAAGAAUCACCCAGCGCUUCAAGGACCGGGUGCCGGUGAUUUGUGAAAAGGUGGAGAAUUCAGAUAUACCGGAAAUCGACAAGCGGAAGUAUCUCGUCCCGGUCGAUCUCUCAAUUGGUCAAUUUGUCUACGUUAUCCGUAAGCGGAUCAAGUUACCUUCCGAAAAGGCGAUUUUCAUUUUCGUUAAUGACAUCUUGCCUCCCACUGCUGCUUUGAUUUCGACCAUUUACGAAGAACACAAGGAUGAGGACGGGUUUUUGUACGUCUUAUACUCUGGAGAAAACACCUUUGGUCAAGUGAUGGGCGACUUCACUGAGGCUGAAAUUGCUGAAGCCAAGCUUUACGCGUAG